UUUGACGUUGCUAUACACUUGUCUGUGACAGCUGUUAAAUUGGCGUGUGAGGCGACUGCAAAUUUUCCUAGAAAACUACGAAUUUUGCUGAAAGUCUUGUUAAAAUGAAGGUUAUCUACAAUACCCUCUUCAAGCGUACGUCCACAUACGCUGUGGCCAUAUUCGCAUCAGCCUUCUUCUUUGAGCGAGCCAUCGACGUCGGCUCGAACCUGAUCUUCGAGUCCAUCAACAAAGGCAAACUCUGGAAGGACAUCAAGGGCAAAUAUGAAUAGACCAGCGGUUCCAAUGACUGCAGCUAGUUUUAAAUAAAACAAUGAUGUUGCUUCAUUGUUAAUUAGCAUAAAAAUAUCAACGUUUAUUCUAAACGAUACGAAACCCAAA